AUGUCUUCGUCGGCUCGGGACGCCGAGAACAGAGGGCCGCAGGCCCUGACAGUCGUCAUAUGUGUGUCUGUCGUAAGCACGCUCUUCACGGCGGCGCGUCUUUACACCAGAGGGAGGAUUAUGGGGAAAAUCCGUUUGGAUGACUACUUGAUUGUCGCAUCCGUGGUCUGCGGUUGGAUGAACGUAGGAACUCUCGCCGUCGCCGUAUCGCACGGAUACGGACGCCACGUCGACACGCUUUCCCCCGAGCAGAAGUCCAAAGCCAUCCUCUGGAGUCUCGCCGGCUACCCCCCAGGCCUCCUGUCGUUCGGCCUGCCGAAGCCCGCCGUUGUCGUCCUGCUCACGCGAAUCCUCAACCCCAGCAAGUGGCACAAGAGGUUUCUGUGGACCGUGGCGACCUUGUGCGUGGCCAACUUGUUUGGAUUCAUGGCCAUCAUCUUCGGCCAGUGCCAACCCGCACGCUUGCAGUGGGACUCGUCGGUCACGGGGACAUGUUGGAGCAAAUGGGUCCUUGUGUCUUAUGCCACGUAUUCUGGGGCUUUUUGCGUGUUUGCCGAUGUCUAUCUCUCAAUCUAUCCCGCCGUAGUCCUUUCGAAACUACAGAUGGACAUUCGGAAGAAGGUGGCGUUGAGCGUUGCCCUCGGUUUCGGAUCCAUCUCGUCAAUCAUUGUCAUCUAUAAAUGCACCAGACUGUACAAGAUGGCUAGCCCAGACUCUACAUAUGAAGCAGUUGAGCUAGUAAUUUGGACUAUUGUCGAAGGCAGCAUCAUCAUCGUUGCGUCCUGCGUCCCCAUCCUCCAGCCCCUCGCCGAGCUCGUCUUUGGCAAACGCAUCUUCUCUUCCGGCAGUCGCAGGUAUACCUACCAAAACUCCCGGUCCGGUCUGAGUGACAGGGCGAGGGCGGGCAUACGACCCCAUGCCAAGAAGUACCAGAAGGAAGGGUAUGAGACGGAUAGUUUCAACAGCGUGGCCAAGACAACCGUCAUUGGCAGAUCAAGCCAGGAAAGCAUUUUGGAGCAGCAUGACGCCGAGGGGAAGAUUGUUAGGACCGACGCGUUCACCGUCACCGUUGAGCGCCACAAAGCUUGA